AUGGCCUACCCUCAGAGCAACGGACAGGCGGAAGUCGGAAAUCGGGAGAUCCUCCGAGUACUGCGUGCUCAGCUCGACCAUGUUGGGGGCAGUUGGGUCGACGAGCUGUGGGCUCUUUGCACUACCUUGAAGGAGGGGACUGGCAUGACUCCUUUCCACAUGGUGUACGGUGGUGAGGCAGUUGCCCCCGUAGAAGUCGGAGUGGAGUCCGAUCGUGUACAACAUUACAAUGAAGGCAACACCGAACAGAGGCAUAUGGAGUUCGACUUGUUAGACGAAACGCGAGCUAAAGAAGUCGUUCGGCUAAUGGCGUACCGGCAACGGAUGAAGCAGAACUACAACCGGAGAGUGAUCCCAAGAUCCUUCUAG